CCUCUGUGCUGUUAACGUAGUAACGUGAAUGCUGCAGCCUCCCAAUGAGCAGUAAUUCAUGAAAAUAUCUGUUCUUUGUAUACUUCUGCUCUUUCAAAUUUCAGGUAAUAAAGGACGCAAGGAAGGCUGGGAAUCACCUUGGCAGAAAUUUAAGAUGAAAAUAGGCAAAAGAGAAGUCACAAGCUACAGUGACUGGAUGUCGCAACUACCACCUGAACUCCACGACAUUCAUCUCUAUAAUCUGGCCAUACCAGGUAGCCACAACUCAAUGAGCUAUGACUUGGACAUCAACUCGGCUAUAAUAGAACCCGAGAGAGUGAAAUUUUUGAGCAAGAUUUAUCUUGUGCGUAUAAUUGUGCGCAACUGGGCGAUCACUCAGGUGGAGAGCAUCACCAAGCAGCUGGAUGCAGGAGUUCGCUACAUUGACCUGAGGAUCGCUCGCAAGCCGCGUGACACCGACCCCACUAGGCUUUACUUUUAUCAUGGGCUGUACACACGGACUGAUGUGGAGACCGCUCUCAAGGUCAUAAAUGACUGGGCAGAGAGGCACCCCAAAGAGAUCCUCAUCCUGGCUUUAUCCCACUUCAAAGGGUUUGACAAAAAGAUUGAAGAGCAGCUCCACAGCCAUCUUAUCAGCUUCAUCAUGACCUUGUUUGGAGCCAAACUCUUCUAUAAAACGGAGCACCCUACCCUGAGGAGAUGCUGGGACAAAGGCAGAAACGUCAUAGUUUCAUACGAGUAUCCGGCACUGGCAGAUCUGCACAUUGAGAUAUGGAGUAAAAUACCUUAUAUCUAUGGCAAUAGUAUGGACACCAGAAAAGUUGGAUCAGCACUCCGUCACGUUUUGGAAACGCACAGGCCGACUUAUUGUCUCUACGUGUGUGGCCUGAACCUGACACUGCCAGAGGAUGCCAGGAUACUCAAGUACAUCCUUCGCUUGUUUGACAACUUUCCCAACGUAAUACACAGAGGUCUGCCGAGGCUGGUUCGGUGGGUCAAAGAGCAAGCUGGCAGAACACCUAUGAACAUUGUGGCCUCAGACUUGGCGACUCGUGACGACUUUAUACAAACGGUUGUCAAGCUCAAUUCUCCAGAAUGGGUGAAAGCAUAGUGGAGACGCAUCUCAUUUCAUUCUUUUCUUUUUUCUUUUAUAUAAACUGGGAAUAAAAGUUAGGAAACUUGUGUUUGGUCGAUUAUUUCUCUGUUGUUACAAUGCUAAUUGGCAUUGUAUUUUACAUCGUUGGAAAGCCUGUUUCCAAUCGCCAGUGGCGAUCCCAUAUCUCCACAAUGUGGGACCUAACUUCCUCCUCCAAGAGAACAACGAUGUAAAAUACAAUGCCAAUUAGCAUUGUAACAACAGAGAAAUAAUCCACCAAACACAAGUUUCCAAACUUUUUUCCCCCAGUUUUGGUGUGAAACAGAGAGACUUGAAUUCCUUUUGUAACCAGCAGAUCCUCCGUAAGGCUGAAGGUAUUUUAGCAUCUUCUGGUCAUGUGCUUUUCAGUGAAUUUUCUCUGUUGCCCUCAGGACGUCGUUAUGGUUUACCGGUUUGUAAAACUAACCGCUAUUCUAAAUCGUUUAUCCCCUCUGCAAUCAGAUUAUUGAAUGCUCCUUAGAUUUUAUAUUUCUUAUGGACUUUUAUCCUUUUACCGUCACAGAUCCUUUUAUCCUUUAUUAGACUGAUCCUUCUGUUGUUCUUGUUCAGUCUGUUUAUUUAUUAGUUAGUCUAAUUUACAUCAGUAAUCAUUUUGGGUCCUGUUUUAUAUAUAUUUUUAGCUUAUUGUUGUUCUUGUUGUGUGUCACUAUGUUUUAUCUAUUUUUUUUAUGUACAAGCUGCUCCAAACCAAUAAUGCCCCUUAAGGGAUUAAUAAAGUUGUUUGAAUUGAAUGAAUUUA